AUGUGGCGUUCCCUUUGCGCCGCCGCGAUAGUGAGCAUCUUGUCACUACCAUGGACGGUCCACGCCGGACUCCAGACGAAUCAGUACUUCACCUCCAACGACGACCUGUUACAACGAUCCGAUCCCUUCUCGCUGUUCGAACGACGUCCUGAAGACUGCCCGCCAUGCUUCAACUGCAAUCUCGACGACUUCGUCUGCCAACAAUACGCGAACUGCACGAAGAGCAGUGGAAAGUGCACAUGUCCGCCAGGCUUUGGAGCUGAGGAUUGCAGCGUGCCGCUAUGUGGCUCGCUUGCGGAUGGGAAAGAUCGUUUGCCUCGCGAGGGCGAUGCGCCAUGCAAGUGUAAAGAGGGUUGGGGUGGUAUCAAUUGCAAUGUAUGCGAGGAGGACAGCGCCUGCGAUGCUAUGAUGCCGGGAGACACAAAAGGCGGAGUCUGCUAUCGGGAAGGAGCUGUUGUGAAGGAAAACUACCAAAUGUGUGACAUUACAAAUCGCAAGAUUCUGGACAUGUUGAAAGAGAAGAAACCGCAGGCCACAUUCAGCUGUAAUGCUGAGCGGGAGGAUUGCAAUUUCCAGUUUUGGGUGGAUCAGAAGGAGAGCUUCUACUGCGCACUGGACACCUGCAGCUGGAGUCUGAAAACCACGGAGGACAGAAACACGACCAAGUAUGAAUGUGAGAACAUUCAGUGUAAAUGUGUUCCAGGACGUAUGCUUUGUGGUGCCAAGAACAGCAUCGACAUCAGUGACUUCCUGGACCAGGAUAUCAAGGGACCUGCUUCGUUCAUAUCGGUGAGGACGUACACUGGCUCAAAGGAAGACAACAGUAUCUUCUCUGAGCCGGCCAUGAACGGUCUGAUCUCCAGUGUGUUCGGCGAUCCAAGCAUCAUGCUUUCGUGCCAUAGUGGCGAGUGCAUGUACAAGACGGAGGUUCCGGGAUACGAACGGCCAGUGAAGAAGAUCAACACGCCACUGAUUGCUGGAGUCAUCGCUGGAUGCGCGCUGUUCGUGGUCGCUGUGGUCCUCUUGGUCUUUUUCCUCAGUCGACGGAGCGGGCAGAACAAGACCGGGUACAUCGCGCUUGGAGAUGAGGAGGAGGAGGAGAAUGCGAGGCUCCUUGCUGACCACAAGCCUGCUGCUCUAUCAUUCGAGAACGUGUCGUACAAAUUGAAGGGCAAGCAGAUUUUGUCUGGCAUCACCGGCGCUGUUCACCCUGGCGAGCUCCUGGCCAUCAUGGGUGCUUCAGGUGCUGGCAAGACCUCCUUCUUGGACAUUUUGGCCCGGAAGAACAAGCGCGGCACAGCAUCCGGCGACUUCUGGUUGAAUGGUGACAAGGUGGAUGAUGAUCAAUUUCGCAACGUGAUUGGAUUUGUGGAUCAAGACGACACCAUGCUUCCCACCCUGACUGUGCACGAGACGAUUUUGGAUUCUGCUUUGCUCCGACUGCCAAAGCAGAUGAGCCGAGCUUCCAAAGAGCAGAAAGUCGAAGACGUCGAGCGCCAGCUGGGUAUCUACCAUAUCAGACACCAAGUCAUCGGUUCUGAGGAAGGAAAUGGUCGUGGUAUUUCUGGAGGCGAGAAGAGGAGAGUUGGCAUUGCCUGUGAAUUGGUGACCAGUCCAAGCAUCCUUUUCUUGGACGAGCCAACUUCGGGUCUCGACUCUUUUAAUGCGUUCAAUGUUGUUGAGUGCUUGGUCAACCUGGUCAAGACUUACAACAGGACUGUCGUCUUCACGAUCCAUCAACCACGUUCCAACAUUGUGGCACUUUUCGAUCAGCUCAUUCUGCUUGCACAAGGUCGUACUGUCUACAGUGGACCUUUCAAGGACUGCCAGGAUUACUUUGAUGGCAUCGGCUACUCCUGCCCUCCUGGGUUCAACAUCGCCGACUACUUGAUCGACCUCACGAUGCAUGCAAGCACGCCCAGCGAUUCGGAUCUGAUGGAGCUCAGCUCUGACGGUGGCGAUGGCUUCGCAACACGAGCAAGCUCUACCAUGGCAGUCAAGAGCAUUCCGAGCGUCAGUAAUAUUAGCGUUGGCGAGUCUGUAACAUCUACUGCUGGAGAGAGCUUCCUUCGGCCCAAAUCGAAUAGGAAGUCCAGCAUACGACAGCAGCAAGAGAGACAAUUGUUCACUCGCAAGAACACCGCAGACAACGCGGCUCCGUCCAGCGUACGCAGUUCCGGCGAAAGUGCCUUCUCGAGGGAGCAAGAAGCCAGUCAUCAGCAAUGGCUCAAGUUGGCCAAGCAGAAUGGACAGCCACGUCCCCAGAUCCUCGACGACAACCACGGCGGCCUCACUGGCGAAGGUGACACUGGCACAGAUCUGGAUGCUCUAAUCGCCGCAUAUCAGUCAUCUGAUGUGGCUGCUACCUUGCGGGACGACAUUCACGGCACUGUCGCUCAUGCAGCGCAAAUGAAUGGCCACGCACCAGGCUCUCCAACCGGCUCUGCCAGGAGUAAGCUCUACGGCUACCAAAAGCCAUGGAUCCACACUCAAUUUCUCAUUCUCUCCCGACGAACAUGGCGAAACAUCUACCGCAACCCCAUGCUCAUGCUCACCCACUACGCCAUUGCCAUCGUUCUCGCCGUCUUCCUCGGCUUCCUCUUCUACGGCCUGACGGACGAUCUCGCAGGCUUCCAGAACCGCCUCGGAUUCUUCUUCUUCAUGCUCGCUCUCUUCGGCUUCAGCACACUGACCUCCCUCACGGUCUUCGCUCCUGAACGUCUUCUCUUCCUCCGCGAGCGUGCCAAGGGAUAUUACUCGCCUCUCGCCUACUACCUCUCCAAGGUCGUCUUCGACAUCGUUCCGCUUCGCCUCGUUCCGCCCAUCAUCAUGGGCUGCAUCGUAUACCCGAUGACCGGCCUCAUUCCAAGUUGGCCUGAGUUCCUCAAAUUCAUGCUAUUCUUAGUCCUUUUCAACCUUGCCUCGGCAAUGAUCUGCUUGUGCAUUGGCAUUUGCGUGCGGAAUCAGGGCGUGGCGAAUCUGUUCGGCAUCUUAGUAAUGCUGUUCAGUCUGCUGUUCUCUGGCUUCUUGCUCAAUCACGAGACCAUUCCCGGGCCGGUCAGGUGGUUGCAGAGGCUCUCCAUCUUCCACUUCGGCUUCGAAGGCCUCAUCGUCAAUGAAGUGCGCUACCUUUCCCUGGUGGAUAAGCAAUACGGUCUCGACAUUGAAGUGCCCGGCUCCGCCAUUCUUUCCAGCUUCGGCUUCAAGGUACUGGCAAUGUGGGAGGAUGUGAUUGGACUGGGCGUCUUCUGCGGAGUGUUCCUCGUGCUGGGCUACGUGGCCAUUCAUUUCCUGUUGGUGGAGAAGCGAUAGAGAUAUCUUGGCAUACGUUUUCCUUUUCUUCACUCGUGUAGACUUAGCGCACGACACUACAGCCAGAAGGCGUAUAUACAGACAUGAAUAGUAGUGUGAAGU